UAAAAAUGGCAGAAGGAAACGAAGAAGUUAAUCCUAAAGCUUAUCCUUUGGCUGAUAUUCAACUUUCUCAGAAAUUGUUGGAUAUUGUUCAACAGGCAAUGAACUAUCACCAAUUGAAGAAAGGUGCAAAUGAGGCAACAAAAACGUUGAAUCGUGGCAUUUCUGAGUUGAUUGUUAUGGCUGCUGAUGCUGAACCGCUUGAGAUAAUUCUUCAUUUGCCACUUCUUUGCGAGGACAAAAACGUUCCGUAUGUUUUUGUUAAGAGCAAGGCAGCGUUGGGACGUGCUUGUGGAGUUACUAGACCAGUGAUUGCUGCUUCGAUUACGCAAAAUGAGGGAUCUCAGCUGAAAUCACAGAUCCAACAAAUUAAAGAGGAUGUUGAGAAACUGUUGAUUUGA